GCGGCUGCCGCGGGCGGUGACCGUGCGGGAGCUGGGCGGCUGCAUGGGCCCCAUCUGGCACAGCUACUACAGCGAGUGCAGCGCUCUCCUGUUCGUGGUGGAUGCCUCCAACCCCAGCCAGGUCUCCUCGUCCUGCGUCCAGCUGCUCUCUGUCCUCUCUGCAGCGCCGCUCGCCUCUGUGCCCGUCCUGGUCCUCUUCAACAAGAUUGACCUGCCCUGCUACAUGUCACUGGUGGAGAUGAAGUCACUGUUCCGCAUGCAGGACAUCGUGUCCUGUGCUACGCAGCCCAUCACGAUGCUGGAGACCAGCGCCCGUGAUGGCACCGGCCUGACCGAUGUCCUGCAGUGGCUUCGGACCACCCUCAAAGACCCCUGCUGACCCCAACCCUGCCAGGUGCCUGUGGCAGCCCUGGACAAUCCUGUCACAGGAGGUGGUGAAGGAGCAGCUGCCCUGCCUGGGGUUGGGAGCAGAGCCCAGGACAGUGCCUUGGGCUGUUGAUGGACUGGAUCCCUGUAGGACUUCACAGUAAAACUCCCACUGAACUGUC